AUCAAACACACGGACUUCGUCCGUCAGACGAGUUAAAAAUGGCCGACAUGGCUACGUACACAACGUCCAAGUCGGCGGAUAUUUCUGUCGACUUGAGUGGAACCCCGGUCCAAGCCCCACGAACCGUUGGUGAUUCGGCCCCUUCUCCUCAAUUUUACAGUGGUAGUGGCCAAAGCCCAGGUUCUUAUAUGCCUUCUCAGGCAGAGUUUCAGUUCGUGCCAGCGAGCUCGACAAGUACUCAUGGCAUUGAAGGGUCCAUUGAAGUUGAUUCAUCCAAUGCAUCAAAGUCUGGAGGCAGUGGAUAUGGUGUGAGGAAAAGAGGGAUGACCUCAUCCGUGUUAGAGAACAGAGGGUUUGGCUGGUUGUUGGAAGAGGAAGAUCUGGAGGAGGAAGAUCAGCGGCCUAUUUUGGAAGAACUGGAUAUCGACCUAAAGGACAUCUACUACAAACUGAGAUGUGUAAUGUUCCCCUUGCCUCAGCUCGGAUUUAAUCGUCACAUCGUCAGAGAAAGUCCUGACUUCUGGGGCCCACUAAUUGUGAUAUUAUUGUAUGCCAUCAUUUCAUUAUAUGGGCAGUUUAGGGUGGUGUCAUGGAUCUUAACAAUUUGGAUUGUUGGCUCUCUUCUUGUGUUUCUGUUGGCCCGAGUUCUUGGGGGAGAAGUGACGUAUUCACAGUGCCUUGGUGUGAUUGGCUACUCUGUGUUACCGUUAUUCAUCAUUGCAUGCAUACUUCCUCUGGUGCGUUCACUGCACUACCUAAGUAUGGCGUUCAAAUUGCUGGGAGUGGUGUGGGCUGCCUACAGCGCAGGCUCCUUGCUGUGUGUGCAGGAGUUACAGCACAAGAAACCGCUCCUCCUCUAUCCCAUUUUCCUGCUCUAUGUUUAUUUCUUGUCCCUCUACACAGGGGCAUAGUGUGCUGUGGACUAUGUGAGGAAGAGAAAAAUGGGGGUUUGUAUGUGUGAGGGGGAAGCGAUCUGGGAGGGGGUGGGGACAGAGCAAAAGUGUUUGAAUGUCGCUGGUGACUGUGACCUGGCCUGAGUUUUCAAAGUGAAAUUGUUCCUGUUGUGUACAGUGUUUCAAAAAUGCACAUAAUCUUUCCAUCUUUACUCCUUCUGGGUUCUCCUUCUUUGUCUCGGAGGAAAUCAGCUGUAGGCUAUUCGUGUCAGCCCAGAAUGCUUUUGAUAAUUUUUCAUUUAGUUAACAUGCUAUGACAAUGGCCUAAUCCUUUAUCGAUGCGUUGAGUAAAAAUGGAAGAAAUUUCUUAAUUAUUUAAUUUCAUUAUUUUUUCCUGACUUAGACCAAAGAUAUUUCUUUUCUAUGGACUGGAAAUUUGUAAAUGUAUUUACCAGUGUUAUGAAGCAGUGGUAGGUCAUCAUUUAUGGAAUGGCAUCAUGGGUUAGUCUUAGUUUUGUUUAGUUUUAGUAAGAGUUUUACCACACUUGCAACACAAAUAGUUCAUAUAAGUGCUGAAGAAUAAAGGUGUUUUGAGAGAGUAGGAUACAAAGAAAAAAGGAGGAGAGAUGAGGACAUAGAUAUUAUUAUUUGAUAGGAAAGAAGGAGCAAACCACACCAGAGCACCCGUAAAACACCCCUAUGGUUUGGUGUGGUUUUAGCCAAAUUCUGACUUAAGCCGUUGUCAUAGCAUGUUGAAGAUGUGUUGCAGUUUUUCUCAUCCGCGAAGAGGGUUUCUAUUGGCUUUGCCACCAUGGGCUAUUUUGAAGGUAGGCUUACAUUCUAGUUCUCUUUCACUUUCAGGUUUCUUCAGGUUUUGGUUUGGGGUUAAUUUAGACUUUUCUCUCAAACUUCUGGUCUUGGACAUGCCUGCUUUUCUUUUAUCUUGGACUUAUUAGCUGUCUUUUACACAAUAUGCAGUUUGGAAACGGGUGUUCUGAGAUUCUCAUUUUAAUCUGAGAAGACUGGGUUUUGCGUCUUUACUUCUCUUAAAGAUGUGUGUACUCACAACCUGGUUUUUCUAACUUCAACACAAGUUACACAGAAGUUAGUUCUAGAAAUGUAUUCAAUUAUAUAAUAUUUUCAAAGUUGUCUCAAUCACAUGGAGCACAUGCUAUGAAUUAAGUUGAGUUUGUUGUUUCCAUUUACUUUUGGCCCAUCCUGUAGAGUGAGUUGGAGAACACAGAGUGAGUAGAAUGAGGUUAAGAAUGUCCAUUGAUCAACAUUGCAUGAUGUGAGUCAUUUAUUAAUAAGUCUGAAUGUAAUUCCUUAUAUUGCUAUUUCAUGCAUUCAUUAAGUCAAAAGUCCCAUCACAAGCAUGGUUGCUUUGUAAUUCCCAUUAAUAGAUGGAAAUGAAACCAUUUUGUGAAUAGCAAAAUUGACACUAUGUUGAAUUCUCAGUCUUGUCAAAAUACUGCACAAUGUUCAUGGCGUGUAGUUAUCAUUGGUUUGUUAAGUAGUGUCGGGUUCCACCUUUUUAUAAAAUCUUAUAUCGGAAAUCUGGUCCAGGUUUUCACCUCAGUUAGGUUUGACCAGCUUUCCCUGAUUUUGAUACCUGUUUGUCAGCUUUUAAAAGAAAAUUAUAAGUAAGGUCAUUUUGUCAAAAAAUCUACUGUGUUUAGAAAGUACAAAGGAGGAUUUGAACAUGCAGGUGACAUGCAAGUUAUGUAAUGGUAAUCAAGUUACUUUUUGCUUCUGGCCUUUUGAGUGAGGACACAGUUAAUCUUUGGUGUAUUCUUCAUGAUUGUGCAAAAUGCAUUUUCUUGUGUGAUUAGGUAUUUGUAAAGCGUCCUUGAGAUCAGAAACUAUUUUAUAAUUCUUUCCAAUAAUGUUAAUCAAAAUGUUGACAAAAAAAUCUUCUUUACUAUACGAUUCAAUAUUUUAUCGGGUUUGUCCUUCAUAGUCAUUUCAGCUACAGUUUUGAACGGUUUUUCUUGAUUGGCAUUGGUUCUGAACACAUUGAUAAAGGGGUGUAAAAGCUGAAAUGAAGUUUCCAGACUUAAACUUCGGGAAACCAAAGACUCCAAAGCUGAAACUGGAAACUUAUAUCAUCCCUUUACUGAUGCAUAUUACCUUAUGUCCUCUAUUGGAAAAUCCAGUUCAGUUUUUUUUUGUUUUUUUUAAAGCGAUUUUUAAAUGAUUGCCAUUCUUUGAAUAAUACAAUCUUUGGUUUACUGUCUGUGAAUAAACUGUUCUCUUUCCAUGGAGGAAAUAUUAGGCAGCAUGGUGAAAUCAGGCUCUUGUCGAAAUAAUGAAGUCCAAGAAAUUGGCCUUUUUCUUGCCGUUGGGCAAAUUUUUUCUAAUUUUCUUUUUUUGGCUCAACACUUUUUAUAUCCAUUUAGAAACAUAUUUCUGUGUGGAUUUUACUCAAAAACAUUGGUUUAAGGCUCAAAAAUUAUAAUUUUUUCAGUUUCCAAUGACUCUCUAGCUAUCGAAAUUACCAAACUUUGAUGGCCAUUUCUCACUAAUUUUACCUUUGAAAUUAGGCGACCCUGACCUCCUUCAAUCAUCUAUUUCGACUUCUAUUUAACAUAGAUGGAUAUUCUUUUCACCAAAACCAAGGCAAAUAAACAGGCUCUAAGAUGAUACCAUUAACCCCAUAUGCCCAAAAAUUGAAGAGCGCCUGAUUCCACCACGUCGUGACUCAUGCGGAAUUGACAGACCAAGUUGUUUUUUAUGCUUUCAAAAUUCGAUUUGGCCAUUAUGAAUAUUGUUUCACCUUCAGUGCUCAUAAGGGAAUUCAUUUUUUUUUGCAAAAUUUUUAUUCUGAUUUUUUGUUUGUAGAUUUUAUUUUAAAUGUCAUGUCAUGUAACUACACAUGAGUUUGUAUGCAAAUUAGAUUAUCAUACUAUGUAUCAUGUGUAAUAUAUUUAAUGAAUUUCUUUAUGAAACAUUCAUCGUUUAUGAUAGUAGUGUAACGUUAGUCUGAGUUAUUACAGUGAGUAUGUGGACAGGACUAGAAUUGCAUUGAUAAGGGCGAAAAGAGCACUUUUUAAAAAAAAGAAAAAACAACUGGAAAUGAAGCUUUUUAACUGCUCAAAAUGUGGCAAAUUCUUAUCUGCCAGAAUUGUUCUCAUUGGUCAUAGCAGAAACCACAAAUCAUCUUAAUCCUUAUUUAUUCUUUUUCUCUUUAUUAAGAUAUAUUCUCCUCUGCAGGUGCAUUGGUCAUUGUCAGACAGUGAGGGAUGAGCUAUUAUUAUUAUUAUUAUUUUUGUAAAUGAUAGUAUAGCACGGUUACCCUGAGUUCAUGUAGAAUGUUUUGCAAUAUGAAUUAUUCAAAGCAACUUUGUUCAGCAGGGAUUCAUUGCGGUGACCCAGCGUAGUAUUAGUGUUUUUGCUGCAGGAAUUGGUUUUUUUUCCUUUCAUAUCAUAUUCUGUGGUUGACUUUGUGAUACACAUUGGUUUUUUCUUGUGUAAAUUCUGAUCCAAAUGUACAUAAUACAUGUAAUAAUAAACUGGUGGGAUUUCUACUUUU